AUGUACCUAGCUGAUGUCGUGUCGGGUAAAAAUUACUACCUGCUGCUUGUAAUACCAGAAGACAAGAUGGACUACAAGCAAAAGUACGACAAGAAUGAUGCGUCCUUCACCAUGGUAGCCGUCUCCACAGCAAUACUCGUAUCAAAGUCCGACGCCGACGAGACGGAGUACGACCCAUUCGAACAUCGCAGUCUACGUCAUGCCACCACAGACUUUGAAACACUGGUGCACUUAAUGAAGGGAAGCCUCGGAUCCGGUAUACUAUCCAUGCCGCUGGCUUUCCUCAACGCAGGCUUGCUGUGUGGUCUAAUCGCCACGUGUGUUGUUGGCGUUAUCUGCACAUAUUGUGUGCAGACACUGGUGAAGUGUUCCCAUAUCCUCUGUAAAAGAUCCAAGGUCCCAACACUGAGUUUCUCUGAAACAGCAAAAACUGCAUUUCUCAUGGGCCCACCAAUUUUACACAAAUUUUCUGGAUUUGCUGCGGGCUGUAUAAAUACUUUGUUGGUUAUUGACUUACUGGGCUGCUGCUGUGUCUACAAUGUCUUUGUUGCAAGAAAUAUACAACAGGUUGUUGAGUUUUACAUAGUAAAAGACUGGCAAUUUCAGUAUUAUUUGCUAAUAAUGGCACCCUUAUUGAUCUUAAUCAAUUGGGUCCGAGAUCUGAAGUAUCUUGCUAUCUUCUCUCUGCUGGCAAACAUAUUGUUGACUGUUGGACUAGGAAUCACCUUCUACUACAUUUUUAGUGAUUUGCCACCCAUUAUUCACAGUGGUUUGCCACAGUUUUCUUCUUGGGAACAAUUACCACUGUUUUUUGGAACUGCCAUAUUUGCACUAGAAGGCAUUGGAGUGGUAAUGCCAUUGGCUAAUAAAAUGAAGACACCAGCACAUUUUGUUGGUUGUCCAGGAGUGCUGAACAUUGGUAUGACGAUUGUGGUUGCUCUGUAUGUGAGUGUAGGUUUCUUUGGUUACCUAAAGUAUGGUAGUACUACACAAGCCAAUAUUACACUGAACCUACCAACAUCAGAAGUAUUGGCCCAGUUAGUUAAGAUCAAGAUUGCAGUGGCAAUCUUCUUCACAUAUGCACUGCAGUUCUAUGUUCCCUUUGAAGUCAUCUGGAACGCAUCAAAACACUAUUUUGGCUCCUACAGAUUGUUAGCUGAGUAUGCCUUAAGGACAGUUCUUGUUUUAUGCACAGUGGGUGUGGCAGCUGCAGUGCCAAACAUAGGACCUUUCAUCUCACUAGUUGGAGCUGUCAGUUUGUCUACUAUGGGCAUCAUAUUCCCUGCAAUUAUUGAACUGGCUACAUUCUGGGAUUCACCUGGUCUUGGUACUUGUUACUGGCACCUCUGGAAAAAUAUUUUAAUUAUUAUGUUUGGUGUGCUUGGCUUUGCCACUGGCACCUGGUCAAGUUUGAAAGAGAUAAUUGUAACAUUCUCACAGUUUGUGCAUCAUUGUGAUCAUAUGAUAAAUAUCUCUGCAGCCUUAAAUCUGGUUAAGAAUGGCAACUGCAUGUACAACUUUCUGUUGGCUAUAAUUGGUGACACAAUUUGA